AUGGCUUCCGAUGAAGAUAAAGGACUCCCACCUCCUCCACCUAUGGUUCCUUCAAACCUUGUCCCUGAGGUGGAGCCCAUCAAGAGGAACUUGCUUCUUCCAAUGGCUCGCCGUGGCACUGGGUCCAAAGGACAGAGGAUUCCUCUACUUACAAAUCACUUCAAAGUGAACUUCAACAACGCAAACGGCACCUUCUUUCACUACAGUGUUGCCAUUACUUAUGAAGAUGGCCGGCCAGUGGAGGCUAAAGGAAUUGGAAGGAAGAUUCUUGAUAAGGUUCAGCAGACCUAUCAAGCUGACUUGGGAUCCAAGUACUUCGCGUAUGAUGGUGAGAAGACUCUGUUCACUGUUGGUCCUCUUCCCAGCAACAAACUGGAUUUCUCUGUUGUUCUUGAAGACGCACCUUCUAGCAGAAACAACACUGGAAGCCCCAAUGAAACAAAUGAUGCUGACAGGAAAAGAUCAAAGCGUCCCAACCAAUCCAAGAAGUUCAUGGUGGAGAUAAGCUACGCGGCGAAAAUCCCCAUGCAGGCUAUCGCAAGUGCUCUUCAGGGGAAAGAAACCGAGAAUCUUCAAGACUCUUUAAGAGUUCUGGAUGUGAUUCUGCGCCAGUGUGCAGCUAGGCAAGGUUGUCUCCUUGUUCGCCAGUCUUUCUUCCACAACGACGCUCAGAACUUUGUACCCAUUGGUGGAGGUGUCAUUGGCGUGAGAGGGUUCCAUUCCAGCUUCAGAACCACUCAGGGAGGCUUGUCCUUAAACAUCGACACUUCAACUACGAUGGUUGUGCAGCCUGGCCCUGUUGUUGACUUCCUUCUAGCAAAUCAGAACGUGAAGGACCCAUACGCUGUUGACUGGAACAAGGCUAGACGUGCUCUCAAGAAUCUCAGAGUUAAGGUUGCUCCCUCAAACCGAGAGUACAAGAUAACUGGACUAAGUGAAGAUCGCUGCAAAGCUCAAAUCUUUACUCGGAAUGCUAAGAACGACACGGGGGAAGUUGUGGAGCAUCAGACAACUGUCUAUGAGUACUUCACUGAGUUCCGUAAUAUCCCACUAAGGUACUCAGGUGACUUCCCUUGCAUCAAUGUUGGCAAGCCAAAGCGCCCUACUUACAUCCCCAUUGAACACUGUGAACUUGUGAGUCUUCAGCGUUACACAAAAUCACUUACCAAUAUUCAGAGGGCUUCCCUGGUGGAAAAGUCUAGGCAGAAGCCACCUGAAAGGAUGACUUCUCUAACAACUGGUCUGAAGAACAGCAACUACAAUGCGGACUUGGUGUUGCAAGAGAGUGGUGUCAGCAUUGGCUCUAACUUCACCCAAGUGGAAGGCCGCAUCUUACAAGCACCAAAGCUGAGAGUGGGCAAUGGAGAAGACUUUCAACCUCGCAAUGGCCGCUGGAACUUCAACAAUAAGAAACUUGUUGAGCCAACAACAGUUACUAGAUGGGCUGUGGUCAACUUCUCUGCUCGCUGUGACACAAACAGGCUGAUUCCUGACUUGAUCAGAUGUGGAAACAUGAAGGGCAUUAACGUUGAGCCUCCAUACGAGUUUGUCUUCCAAGAAAAUGCUCAGUUCAGGAAUGCACCACCACAUAUCAGAGUGGAGAAGAUGUUCGAGCAGAUUCAGUCUAAACUCCCAGGGAAGCCUAAGUUCUUGCUUUGCAUUCUCGCUGAAAGGAAAAACUCUCUUGUUUAUGGUAAAGCAUUUUAUCAUUCUCGAAGAGUAAUUUUACCUAUUGGUAUAUGUGAAACUUUAUAUAUCGUCUGUGUUUUUUCAGGUCCUUGGAAAAAGAAGAAUCUUGCUGAACUUGGAAUAGUGACUCAGUGCAUUGCUCCCACCCCCAGAAUCAAUGAUCAGUAUCUCACCAAUGUUCUCCUGAAGAUUAAUGCUAAGCUGGGUGGUUUAAAUUCUCUGUUAGCUAUGGAGCGCUCACAGGCAAUGCCUUCAGUUACGCAAGUUCCUACAAUCAUUGUCGGGAUGGAUGUUUCUCAUGGUUCCCCUGGCCAGUCUGAUAUUCCAUCAGUUGCUGCGGUUGUGAGCUCUAGGCAAUGGCCACUCAUCUCAAAAUACAGGGCAUGUGUGCGCACACAGUCUCGGAAGGUGGAAAUGAUUGACAACCUCUUCAAACUUGUCACUGACAAAGAAGAUAAAGUGGUUGAUGAGGGAAUAUUCAGGGAGCUCUUGGUGGACUUUUACUCCAGCUCCGGGAAGAGGAAACCGGAACACAUUAUCAUUUUCAGGGAUGGUGUGAGCGAGUCACAGUUCAAUCAAGUGCUGAACAUUGAAUUGGAUCAGAUGAUGCAGGCAUGCAAGUUUCUUGAUGAAAAAUGGAACCCCAAGUUCACUGUGAUCAUUGCCCAGAAGAACCAUCACACCAAGUUCUUCCAGUCUGGUGGUCCUGACAAUGUUGCUCCAGGAACAAUCAUUGACAGCAAGAUCUGCCACCCUCGCAACAACGACUUCUACCUCUGUGCUCAUGCUGGAAUGAUUGGAACUACAAGGCCAACACAUUACCAUGUGCUCUACGACGAGAUUGGAUUCACCACUGAUGACCUCCAAGAACUUGUCCACUCUCUGUCCUAUGUCUACCAGAGGAGCACCACUGCCAUCUCAGUCGUUGCACCGAUUUGCUAUGCUCACUUGGCGGCUGCACAGAUGGGAACAGUGAUGAAGUUUGAGGACAUAUCUUUGUCUGAGACAUCAUCGAGCCAUGGAGGAAUCACUACACCUGGAGCAGUCCCUGUGCCACCCAUGCCAAAGUUGAACCCGGAGGUUGCAAGUUCCAUGUUCUUCUGCUGA